CAUCAUUGUCGCCGUGAAGCCCUUUGGGACCCUGAUGUCGACGCCCCGCGAGCAAUCGCCUUGAAAAGCCAGCCGGAUUGGAUGCCCCGUCUCUCUAUGCAUUGGGAAUCCUCGCAUGACUGUGCCGUCGCACCAAGCCCCAUUGUCCGGACUUAUCGACCCGAUCCUCUGCCAUCGAAACGCAGGAUUUCCCACAUGACAUCGCCAACUCCUGGGCCAGUGCCCUCCAGACCCCGAGGGGAAAGUGGUCCACGGCCUCAAGCACGCUCGGCGGGCACAGCUGAGCGACCUGGCCGCAAUGAGAGCUUGGUAGACCUCGUUCGAUUCUUCCAAACACAGAACAUGCCCGCACAGCCUUCGACUCCAUCUCUGCCCCAAGCAUCAUCUCCAAGAUCCCCUGCAAGUCCAUCAGAUACGACAACUGCGCUGCCGGUUGCAGUCGAAACUAAGGAAUACAAGCCGGAUCCGAAGCCAGAACUGAAGCCAUUCCAUCGUCGCCUGCUGCAAUUUGCUCAGCGACAAAAGAAAGAGUCGUCGCCUCGAUCCAAACAAGAGGAACAACAACGUCAGAUGGAUGCGCUAAUGAGGGAAGGAUACCUCAUCCCAGCCCCCCUAACAAAAGAUCUCAAGGGACCAAAGGAGCCUCGAACUUCCAAGGACAGUACUCUAUCCCGUACUCUUUCCAAGUCUAAGAAAGACGUUGAAAAUAUUGGCCAGCCAUGGCUACAGGCCAAAGCGGAUGGAGCCAAGCGACCGACCGAAACACGGCGUCGCCUGGCCUCUCUAGAUCUGGACGAUUUUGGCUCAAUGGUCGACGUCGCGGUCUCACUUUCGUCUGACUUUGACGAUGCAGUACCACCACCUUAUCAACCAUCUGAUAAUAUUUCUUCUCAGGCCUCCGUGCCAACCUCGAGCUCUGGGGACCCUGUUUCCCAGAACACUGUGGGAUCGACUUCGACGCUGGCUUAUGCGAGCCACAGUCGAAAUAACCCAUCAAUUGAUGAACAGGUCAACCGGCCAUCCAGCUCUGCAGGGUCCAGCGCUCGGACGCAUUCGCAAAAUAUAGAAUCUCUUUCGCGAGUCACGAGUAAUGCACCAAGCAAUGCACCAAGCAAUGCAGCCCCGAGUAUAGCGGUAGCAGAAUCUCCUCGACCCUCCAUGGACAGCCAGAAGCGCUAUCCUGCAGGAAAGCAGUCUGAGUCGGACCAAUCUCGCCGUACGCCGACCCCAACUCUGAAGCUCUUCCCUGAUGUUGCACCGCCUCGAAAGUCCAGCGUCACAGCGCGAAGAACCUCAGCUGUGCCACGUUAUCAAACCCUUACCAAUACCGUGUCAAGCUCUUCGCUCGGCUCGCAAAUCGAAUCUUCUGGCGUUACCGAGUCCGGCGAUGAGCGCCGAAAGUCCUCAGAUGGUAUCAAAGAGACUCCCGUCAAGCAGGCAGAGCCGAAGUGCACAGGUGCUCUUACGUCGGCACCUCAACCGACCUCCGAGACAAAGACCUCUGUCGAGAGAGCUCAAGCGCCCGCGGAGUCAGCCUUAGAAGAUCAGAGUAAAAUUCGUCCAACGUCAUUAUCCAUGGGCACGCUGAAGGCGUUUCCUCUCCCGGCACCAACCAGACCACUACCCUCAUUGCCCGAGGCUGAGCGUGCCUCCGGUAUUCCUCGGACAAACGCUCGCUUGAGUAUUCGUCCGGCUCGCUCGGAGCCCAUGUCUUUGGCCCAAUCUUCCUCGGGAGCUGUGCCUGAAAAUAAAAAGACUGGAUCUGCUCUCGAAUCACGACCUGCAAACUGUUUGGGUAAUGUCGACGUUGGAGGUUCGAUCGCGGACGACGAGGAGAGUAUCUGUACACCGUCAAGGUCAGAUAACUCCAAGUCAACAUCUCCUACUCAGUGCACUUCUCGAAGACGGGCUGCUAGUAUUCGUAUCCCUCGCAUGGAAGAAUUGCCUGAAAGCCCUUCAAGUGCAGGUACUAAGGGUCAGCCAUUGGCCGACUCCCCCCUGUUGGGACAAUCAACGCCCAUCAAAACCCAGGGCAAACGUAUCAUCUUGGAUGGAUUGCAGAUCAACUCUCAAGUUGGUCGCAAGAAUCUUCCAUUCGGCCUGCCAUCGCCUCCCCCUACUGCUUCUCUUCCAUCAGCCCCUCCUCCUUCCCACCCACCUCCCCCGCCUCCUGGUCUAUGGAGGCACCCCCUCCCCCCUAGCUCUUACCGCAACUCGAUGAUAUCCCGAAGUGACAGCUCCAGGAGCAGUCUUCGCCAUGAGAGCUAUCCCGACUCAUACCAAGAAAGUCGUCCUGACAGUCGUCCUGAGUCCCCAUUGCCGUCGUCAGAUGACGAGGUCUUUGGUCCCAGCGCUGGUGUCAAAGUAUCUCGCCGUAAAGCUGAGAAACAGAAAAGCACCCAGCCAGCCCACCGAGGAAGAACGAUGGAUACACACCAAACCUCCAUCCACAGUCAUCCUCGGUAUCCCCACUCCGCUCACUCUAUGAUACCUCAAAGUCGCAGCCAUCCGAACCUGGAGAAUACUUCUUCUCCCCGGUCACAGUACUCUGUGUCUACGCAUCGGUCUAGAGAGUCCCAGAGUAGCCACCGCCCCCAGACAGCUCAGACGGACCACUAUCUUGAAGACCGAGUUGCCAAUCUGGAACGUCAGAACCAGAUUCUUCAAGCAGCACUUAUGGCCGCACUCAAUGCUGGAAACAAGAAUCCUCUGGAGGGGCUGCUUGAUCCAACCAUGUUGCCACCAUUCCCUUCUGGUCCCUUUGCAAAUCAUUACCUCCGCCAUGCCUCCCGCCCUGAGAGUUGGGUCAGCUCCUCUCGAAGCAGCGAGCACAGUGGCUUUGAAACCUCUAGCUCUUACCGAGAUGGCCGUCCAAAUGCUAAGCAUCUGGACAACAUGAGUGAAACCAUUGAGUCUGGCUGGAUGUCCGACAAGUCUAGUCGCAGUGGUGCUCACGUUUCACGCAAUCGAUAA